CUUCAGGAGGAGCUAAAGUGCUAUUUCCUCCAUUUGAAGAAACGGUAGUGAUGCAGAUAAAGGAGGGAAAACUAACCGAGAUGAAGAUGAUCUCCAGGAUCCUGCUGCUCCUCAUCCUCAGCUCAUGUCUCUGUGCAGCAACAUUUGUAGUGAAUGUGAAACAGAGCAGCUAUCAGGCAGAGGAGAACCACAGCAUCACUCUGGAGUGGACCUUCACCACCAAGACUCAGGGAUCCUGGAAGAAUCUGUUCAUCAUCUGUGAUUUUAGAUCAUCAGUAAAGUCAGGGGUAACAAUAUAUGUUCAUCAUGAUGGUGAUGAGUUUCCAGAGUCUCAGCAUGAACAGUUUUCAGGACGAGUCCAGAUUGACAAAGACGUCCUCAGAGAAGGACGAAUCAGAUUCCAUGUGUCCAGACUGAGGACUGAAGACUCUGGUCUGUAUCUGUGUGACGUGAAAACUGAAGAUGGAUCCAGUAAUGCAGAAUGUCGACUCAACGUUACUGGUAAAAAUGGAGCCCAAGGCAACUUGACUGGUCCUGGAGGACCUGAUCCUGGAGUUACUGUUGGUGUUGGUGUUUUAGCACUCAUCAUCCUCAUCUUCAUCAUAAUCUAUGUUGUACGUCGCCACAGAGUUAAAAAAUUUUUCCAUGCUGGAACAACAAGUCUCAAAACGACAAUGGGAGAAAUGAUGAAGAUCACAAAGAAAAUGGCAAAGAUUUGAAGCUGAACUAAUAUCUUUUCGGGACCUGGAACAACCAAACCAAAGUGUCUGAAUUCAUCAUUCUGACCUGAAAUCUCCUUCAUAUCACUUGUUGGUAUAAAAACUGUUACAUGUAUCGAACUGUGAAUAAUAAUGAAAAAAACUGUCUGACUUAAACCCAAAAGCAAAUCUUCAUAUUAGAUCAAAGAUUUAAUAAUCUUUUCUUGAGAUAAAAAAAGGAUGAAGAAUCAUGUAAAUUAAAAAAGAACAUUUUAUGUCCAUAACUGUUUCUGUAGUUUAGAGUCUCUUACUCAGCUUUUGAAAACUGAUUUUUCUUGAAAAGUAUUUUUUAAUACAUGCAAAAGUUGACAGACUUGAUCUCCAGCUUGUUCCUACAAAAGGUUUUUAAUUUAAUUUCUGUCAGUGAAUCUUAUUUUUAAUGCUCACACUCUUUUUACAUAACCAAAUAUUUAUGGAUGUUAUUAUGACCUGCUGUCUAGUUUUUCAGUUUUUUAAAAUCUUCUAGUUGGAAGUUGUUCAUUUGUCCUAGACACUAUUGUUAGAGCCAUAAAUAGGAAAUAUUUAAGUUAUUUGUAUGAUGAUUUGUUUUUUAUUUUAUUAUAUUUAGUAAGAAGACUGAUAUUUGUUCAGGCCAUUUUUAUUGUGAAAUUUAGAUUUAUUUUGAAAGGCUUGCUUCUUGUCAGGCCAUAUAUUGUAUUAGAAAAACUUGACGGAUUACCAAGACAUGGAGCAAUACAGUUUUGACCGUGUAAUCUGUGUAUAUUUUGGAAAAGGAAAAAGAGAAAUUGUAAAACUGAU